AGUUAGCCUAUCUUGAUACCAAAAUGCCCAGAGCACGAGGGGGCACACUACAUUAAAGGAGUUCUCGCGACUGGGCGUUUACUUCGCUCCCCGAUAAUCCUAGGGAUAUAGGAAAAUGGCAGAUGUUAAGGACAUCCUGGGCAUGUCCCGGGCGGGGCCGGCCGAGGAGAAGCCCGCUCCGGCGCCAAAGGAGAAGAAGGAGAAAAUGAAGCGCCCAGAGGGCAUGUCACGCGAGGCUUUCGCGCUGCUGGGCGGCUCACACCCGAUUAUUGCGAGCCAGUUCGCGACCAGCACGAAGAAGAACGACAUCCUCAAAAAGCCGAAGCCCUCGACGAAGGGCAUCAUCACGUACCAGUACCGCUCGUUUAAGAACUCGGCACGCUCGGACGGGCUUGAGCUCUGGCACUGGCUCAAAUGCUACAAAGGCGCGAACGGGGUAAUUCGUGAGCCCGACGACUCCGAAUACCCCUACGCCAAGUACAAUAAGAAGGUCCAGCUGUACAAGUACAACAGCGAGGAGUACGAGACGCUGAUCAAGCCGGAGAGCGGCGCGGCGGGCUGGGGGCGCGAGGAGACGGACUACCUGUUCGACCUGUGCGAGCACUUUGACCUGCGCUGGAUGGUCAUCGCUGACAGAUACGCGUGGAGCGGCCCCGGCGCCAUCCCCCGCAGCCUGGAGGACCUGAAGGAGCGCUACUACGGCGUGGCGCGGCGCCUGCUCAUCAGCCGCAACGGCCGCGAGGGGGCGGUGGCCAACAACGUGCUGGUGAAGCAGCCCUUCAACAAGCUGGUGGAGCAGGAGCGCAAGAAGGCGCUGGCGGAGCUGCUGGCGCGCACGCCGCAGCAGGUGUCGGAAGAGCACGCGAUCCUGGCGGAGGCACGAGCCAUCGAGGAGAAGCGGAAAGCUGAGGCGGGCGCCGCGCGCCGGGCGGCACAGGCUGCCGCUGCUGCCGCCGCCGCCGCGCCGCCUCCCGCGGCUGCCGCGCCGCCGCGGACCACCUCCCCCGCGCAGCCCGGCCGGCCGCCGGCACCCGCGCCGGGGGCGCCCGCUGCCGCGGCACCUGCAGCAGCAACAGCCGCCGCGACGCCGGGCGCCGCAGGGGCCACGCCCGCGGCUGCGGCUCCUGCGGCUCGCGCGCUGAGCCCGGCUCCUGCGCUCAUGGUGUCGGAGCUGCGGCACCCGGCGGAGUUUGAGUCAGCUGUGCCGCCCGGGACGCCGUCGCUGUUUGACGCGGAGGUCAAGCCCUACAAGCCGAAGCCGGGCGUGUACCUGCGCGGCGCGCACACACAGGCCAUGGCGGCGCAGCAGGCGGCAGCCAUGACGGGCGGAUCCAGGGCGUUCAAGAACGUGGAGGCCACGCUGACGGAGCUGCAGUGCCCCGCCGCGCUGACCGGCCCGCGCGUCAUGACCCGCGCCACCAGCGGCGCCUGGCUGGCACUGCGCAGCGAGGUGGUGGCGCUGCACGAGACGCGGCGCAACCUGGCCAACAGGCUCAACGCGGACGACCGGGCGGUGCGGCGCCCGGAGAAGCGGCGGCGGUAGACGGCAGGGAGCGGAGGGCGAGCGGGCUGAGGACGAGGGGCUGGCAGCUGAGGAACCGGCGGUGGUGGUGUGUGGGUGUUGGGGCUGGAGGAGCAGGCCGUUUGGGAAGCAUGGAAGUGUGUGAUGGGACAGGGUUCAGGCAGGUUGGCGAGGUCCCGUAGGGUGCAGCGGACGCCCAUACCCCAAGCAGACAGCAAACAGUUUGCAGCGGAAGGUGGCUGGGUACGAGCUUGGGCGAUGGGGGAGCGGGAUGGGUGACGCGAACGGAGCGCUUGCAGUGGCAAGCAAGGGUGGUCCAAGGCAAGGCCAUUGUGUCAGCUGCUGCAGGGCUACUGUGCCCCAGACUCCCAGGUUGGGCCGUGUAACGAGCCAAGCAU